AUGAAGAUUUUGAUACUGAUUGACUUUGUUCUUGCAGCUAGCCUGAUGGAUGCCAUUGGCAGCUCUGAUCUACAGAACUGCUUUCAAGAGCAUAUACAGCUUCAGGGCCAGGUGAGGCUUCUGGAACAUCGUGUGAAACAGCAGCAGUUAAAAAUUAUACAGCUUUUAGAGAAGAAAGAGAUUCAGUACAGUGAGAGAGGAGAUGAAAACAAUGUCAUUGACUUGGGAGGAAAAAGACAGUAUUCAGAUUGUGCAGAAAUCUACAAUGAUGGCCAUAAGCAAAGUGGAUUUUAUAAGAUGAAACCUAUCCAGAGUCCUACUGAAUUCCUUGCCUUCUGUGACAUGUAUGAAGGGGGUGGUUGGACUGUGUUUCAGAGACGUUCUGAUGGCAGCCAGAAUUUUGAUAGGGUCUGGGCUGAUUAUGAAGAAGGCUUUGGAAAUUUUGUUUUGGCAAAUGGUGAAUAUUGGCUUGGAAAUAAAAAUCUUCAUUAUUUGACUAAUCAAGGGAACUAUACUCUGAGAAUUGAUUUAACUGAUUUCGAAGGAGAACGGCGUUUUGCACAAUAUGCAAAAUUCAGAGUUGCAAGUGCAGAGCAUGCUUAUGAGAUGAGUUGUGGUGAAUAUUCUGGUACAGCUGGUGAUUCCCUUACUGGUGGAUUUCAUCCUGAAGUAAAAUGGUGGGCUGAUCAUCGGGGAAUGAAAUUCAGUACUAGAGACAGGGAUAAUGACAACUAUGAAGGGAAUUGUGCUGAAGAGGAAAAGGCUGGCUGGUGGUUUAACAGGUGUCACUCUGCCAACUUGAACGGUCUGUACUACAAAGGCCCCUACGCUGCAGAGACUGACAACGGCAUCGUUUGGUACACUUGGCAUGGGUGGUGGUAUUCUCUGAAAUCCGUUGUCAUGAAGGUCAGACCAGCAGACUUUGACCAUAACAUUGUUUAA